UUCGAGUUUUGGUCUCAGUCCAUUACUCUGGAUAGUGAUAGAAGUUCUUUGUCUACAUUAUACGAUCUUGGAUUUGUUACAACAGUUCCCUUAUACUCCUCUAUGAAUGCUUUUUGGAAUUCUUUUCACAAUUCUUUGGAAAUUAAUAAAUGCGGCAUAGAUGGGUGUCGACGGGUAUUAUCUAUAAUUGCUAAUGAUUUCAACUAUGAAGUUAUUAAAAAAAACUUAGACGUUUCGAAUGAUUUAAUUCGUGCUGUACAAAAGCAUGCAUGCAUUUAUGGACCUGGAGAAUUAGUUACUAACAAACCUGUAAUUAAACAUGAAAAAAUGACUUCUGUUGCAGAUCUGAAUCCUAUUUGGGACAGAGGUAGUGGUAAUAAUACAUUACCUGGAAAUUUUAACUGGUUUGAGUGGCAAUGGCUAACAACGGGCGAAUUUUCCGGAUGUAUUAAAGCACGAGAUAUUCCUAGUAUAGCAGAAUUAGAUAAAUUUCGCAAAAAAGACAUUCAUAAGCCCACACCAAAAGUAUCGACACAUACUAUACCUUCAUCAGAAUGGGAAAUGCUAAUGCCAAAUUCAUCAC